GGCUGUCACAUUUGAUCACGUGAGGGGGGGCGUUAAAGACGACUGUAGUUGCACAGAAAAAGCGCGCUACUUGCAUUUGACCAACACCCUUAAAUGCAAAGUUUGUUUCGUUUUAAAUAUGGAUACCCAGAACCCAAAGGGCAACAAGGAUACCCAGAACCCAAAGGGCAACAACCAUGUUUCACCCUCCUCUCAGUUGUCCAAUGGCUACAUUCUGCCAGAGGGCAAAGUGAAUCCCAAUGCCAUAUUUGUCUUUUUUGGGAUUGACACCAAGGCGAAUGCAGCCGAUAUGCGGGACAUGUUUGCAAAGUUCGGUCAAAUCAAGGAGGUGAAAAUAAUCACUUACCGUGGCGGAUUCAGCAAAGGCUAUGGGUUUGUGUACUUCGCCGAAGAUGUCGACAUUCAGUCAAUCGUUGAUCAACAGAUAAUUUGGAAGGGGAGAAUACUCAAGCUGGGUCCUGCCAUUAUGAAGCAAAGGAACUGCCGUGUUAGGCAAUCCCCUCGGAUGGGCCUUGAACACUGGAUUAACCCCUCCCAGUAUUUCUAUUGCACUUGCUACCCGCCCAAUGGAGCGAGUGUGACCUCGCCCUCACCCUUGGUCAGUGGUGGCGCUACCUACUAUCAGCCAUACAACUACCCCCACUAUGGAGGCUUUAUGGGUCCACAGGUGCCAGUGAGCAACACCCACAAUGCAUACUGCUACCAGUACACUCUACCCUACUGGAUGGGGGACCAGAGAGCACGGGCUGACAAUCAGAAUGUUAUUGAGUGCGGAUCGCAGACCGUGCUGAGUGCGCUGUAGUUCACACAGCUUCUGACACCCCCCUCACAUAAGGCUACAGGACAUCAGAUUACAGAAAAGAUGACGUCUCGACUUCACACACAGCUGCCAGAAUCCCUUUCUUCUCUUCACAAUCGCUUUUUCUCUUCUCCUCUUCACUUGGCUUCUGAGACCAAUUUUAAUUUUUUUUUCUAUCCGUCAUUUUGACCCACAAAUGGUAGAGACCAUAACCUCAGGCUUGAAUGAGCCACUUUUAACUCAUAAAGGUCACUUUGAAUAGUGGCGGGGUCACAAGGAAGAGCAGAGAACUCUCACCGUACAAGCAUAGAAAGAAAAGCUCACUCUUUGUUUAGGUAAUUAUCCCAACAACAAAAAAAGGCUUUUAUGAUCACCUUGGUGCCUAUUUUUAUAUUUUAUGUUCUAUUACUUGUUUUGUUGUAUUUUAAAUGUUUGGUUGGAUCUUUUUAUUUUUAAUACGCAGUGGCUCGCUGUACAACAAAAAAUAUAAAUACUAAGGCUUGACAGCUAGGAGCAGCCAGGAUGUUUCACCAGAAAAAGGUUUGGUCAUUUCAUUUAUUUCUUAGACUCAAGUGAAUUUAAUCACUGGUAAAGCAACUAUUCUAGCACCUCAUCUUCACUACGUACCCAUCCUCGAAUGUCUAUCAUAUAUGGCAGUGUCACUUAUCAAUUUGCGUUUACAGUUUAAAACAACUUGACAGGUUUGACAAUGAAGGACACACUUUGAAGUGUUCUUUUUUUAUUACUUGUGGAGAAAAAGUUCAGACUUGCAUGCCACACUGAGUAGGUUUGUGGUUUUUGUUGGUUGUUUGUGUUUCGGGUUACUCAAGACGCAUGGUGCUCUUUAUUUAUUUAUUUUUUUGCACUUGAUAUAAAACCAUUUUUGUUGCACAUUUGGUGGAUUUGUUUUCAUUGAUCGUGCAUCUGGAUUGUUACAUUGCUUGGAAUUCUUUUUGGGCUUCAGGGUCUCUUGUGUGUCCAAAAAAAAAAGCGCUGUUAACUGUUCUAUUCAGAGAACCUGGACACUGCACUGUUUUUUUUGUUGUUGUUUUUUUGGGUGUUCUUUGUGUUUGGCUAACAACACAGAUAAUAAAAGUUCAACUGUG